AUGUCAAACAACCCAGCCAAUAAAGGUUCGACUGCGAACAAAACCCAGAUGAAGAAUGACUACCGCACGGUCCCCGCCCCCAAGAAGUCGUCGGGAAAGACUGACGCUGGAGGCCGGGCACUCGGUUUCACAUCGUCGUUCUUGAAAGAUGGCACUGCCGGAAUUGCCAACCCUGGUGGUGUCAUUCAAGGCGCUGGCGGUGCUAUCGCAGGGGCUGCUGUUAUCGGAGCCCAACGUAGUUUCUUGAAAACUAUCCGAGAUGCGAAUGCCUCUGGAGCCCUCCAAAGCCGGACGAAGCCAGCGAAUAACAGUUAUACCAAUGAUCCGGCCUUCAGCACUCUUCGGUGCCCUACGUGCUUCAAGUACCCUUGCACCUGCUCCAAGUAG